AUGAGCCUCACGGACCUCUUCAGCGCCGACUCGCCUCCGCCCGACUCUCCCCCGCCAACCCCACCGCGACCAAGAGGCGAAGCACUGUUCCUCGACGGCGCAUCUACGCCCAGCCAUACCCCACUCAAGCGGCGAUACGGCGAUUUCAACGAUGAGGAUGGGCCGCUCUCGCCAAGUCAGGAGAUGGAGGACUUUGACCUCGAGCGCGCCGUAACUCGAGCCGGCAACGAUGGGAGGUCGGAAGUACGCCUCCCUGAUCCAAACGUGGAGGGGAUUGCGCCGCGCGCCAUCGCCGAGCUCUUCGACGAUCCGCUGGCCAUGCAGGAUCCCCUCGCUUUGGGUGGAUCGACAGAGGAAGCGCCAAAACGAUCGCGAGUUCGGGCCAAGGUCGAUGCGGAUCGUCUCCUUGGAUCACGUGGAUUGCCAGCGCUUAUGAGCGCGACACGGAGGUUCAAAGUCAAGGGCAAAGGUCAUGAGGUGAGACGUGGUAUUGCCGAGCUGACCAAGACAUCCGACCUGAGCCGACUCAUGGACACGUACCAGAUCUGGGCACAUGGCAUGUUUCCCCGCGGCGAGUUUGCAUUCACCAUCGAGCGGACGGAGAAGGUGUGCCGCAGCGUCCGCAUGGUCAACGCCAUUAAGGGGUUGCGCGACGAGUUCCACCCGCCCCCGCGGUCGCCUACUCCGGAUCCAGAGGAUGGCGAGAAUAACAUUGGGGGUGGUGGGGGACAGGAGUCGCUUGGCGCGUUCAUUGAGGGUGAGGAGGAGAGCUUGGGCGACGAGUCGUUCCGGUACGCACCAGGGCCGGAGACGCUGGCUGCGGAUCGACGGCCGCUCUUCGCACCGGGGCCGGACGUGGAUGUGGACGUGGACGAGGACGAACUCGCGGCCAUGGCUGAAAUGGAGCGGGAGACGGGGGAGAGCUUGGCAGUCGAGACGCGGCGGGAGACGAGGGUGGACUUUGGCGAUGAGCCGCCUGCGUUUGACGAGGAGGAGGAGUGGUAG